AGAGAUGACACUGAAAUGAAAAGAGGAGGCAGAGAAACAGGAAGAGAAAUAAACCCCAGAAGCAGAAGUCCUAAAUGCUGUAAUUUCUAAGGACUGGUUAGCAGAUUGUGGGGCUAACCAGAAAAAGUAGCAUCACUUAUUCUAAAAGGCACAAGGAAAGCGUGAGAAGAGAAGGGAGAUCAGAUCGGAAUAGAUUAGAUGGAAGGGAGGUGGGGGGAAGCAAGAGAAACUCAGUCCCAGUGAAAAGGACCCGUCAUUCCAUUCCAUAACGUAAUAUGCUAAGAUCCACCACUUGCGUUUCACAUGCAAAUGAGGACGGCUUCCCGAAGGCUGGGCUGAGCCGAGAGCCAAGAGCCAGGCUCUGCUAAGUAGCCGGGUUCAGCACCGCAGGCUGAAGCGCAGUGUGCCUUAGAGAAGCAUCUCCUUUCCGGCCAAUGCCAAAAAGGAUGGACACGGCACUGAAGCAGAGAAUAGAUGAGGAUUAAAGGACUCGGGCAAAGAAGCCCUCCCGAGAAGCUGUCGAAAUUCAAGACUGGCAAAAGAAGUCAGUUCAACCCCUUCACACUUGUGGUUUCAGGGACUGAUCAUUUCUUGAUCCCUGGAGAGCUCUACAUCUUCCCCAAGGAAGUGAAAAUAAUGAACUUUUGGAGGCUUCACUUUUUUGCUUUCACUGUGCUCAGUGUGGUUUUUUUGGUGAUACUUUUCAAUACAUGCCAAUUAAGCUUGCUAAAAAGUCACAGGAAGCUGAAUGGUUCCAGUGAAAGGUAUUUAAGAGUACAAGCCUGUAAUAACGCCUUAGAAGAUAAGCCAGCCUUUCUGUGGAGAAAGACCCUGACAUCACCUUUGGGAAGUGUCUCUUGCAAGGACUACCUCCUCCAGAAUCACUACAUCACAAGCCCCCUCUCAGAAGAAGAAGUCGCCUUCCCUUUGGCGUAUGUCAUGGUCAUUCAUAAGGACUUUGAUACUUUUGAAAGGCUCUUCAGGGCUAUCUAUAUGCCCCAAAACGUCUACUGUGUUCAUGUGGAUGACAAAGCCACAAAUGAGUUUAAGGAAUCUGUGUGGCAGUUAGUGAAUUGCUUCCAAAAUGCUUUCAUUGCUUCAAAGAUAGAGCCGGUGGUCUAUGCAGGAAUUUCCAGGCUCCAGGCAGACCUGAACUGCCUAAAAGACCUUGUGGCCUCGGAGGUUCCAUGGAAGUAUGCCAUCAACACCUGCGGGCAAGAUUUCCCCCUGAAAACCAACAAGGAAAUAGUUCAGUACCUGAAAGGAUUUAAAGGAAAAAACAUUACCCCAGGAGUGCUGCCCCCAGCUCAUGCCAUUGGACGGACUAAGUAUGUCCACCGAGAGCACAUAGGCAAAGAUGGCUCUUUUGUGAAAAACACCAAUGUUUUGAAAACCUCACCUCCACAUCAGCUGACCAUCUACUUUGGCACUGCCUAUGUGGCCCUUACCAGAGAGUUUGUCAACUUUGUCUUCCAAGACAAAAGGGCCAUUGAUCUGCUACGGUGGUCAAAAGAUACCUACAGUCCUGAUGAACAUUUCUGGGUAACACUUAAUAGGAUUCCAGAUGUCCCUGGCUCCAUGCCAAAUGCAUCAUGGACCGGUAACCUCAGAGCUGUGAAGUGGAUUGACAUGGAAGAUAAACAUGGAGGCUGCCAUGGCCACUACGUACAUGGCAUUUGUAUCUAUGGAAAUGGUGACUUAAAGUGGUUGAUUAAUUCGCCAAGCCUCUUUGCCAACAAGUUUGAGCUUACUACAUACCCCCUGACUGUGGAAUGCCUAGAACUGAGGCUUCGAGAAAGGACCCUAAAUCAGAGUGAAACUGCCAUACAGCCCAGCUGGUAUUUUUGAUCGCCUACAACUCAGGAUUGAAGGGGAAUCGCAGUUGGGAAGGAGAGCCCUUCUUUGUGAGAGAACUUUGCCUUGGUUAUAGUAACAGUUUCGGGACCAAGGAUAUGCUUCAGGACCUGGCUACGUUAUGCUAUGUUACGACAGCCACUGGACACUGUGAAAUAUGCUCACAGGAUGGCUGCACAGAGCCGUCCUGGAACUUUGGCCACCCUGGUGGUCCCCUCUGUAUCAAUCUAUUGUUCUGAUCAAUGAUAAAUUUAGCUGCCGUCAGAUCUUAACACCAGAUACUCAUCAUAUAUAGAUGUUCUAAUGAAAAGGAAAAUUGUAGAUAAUUCUAUUUAGGAAAUUAAGAAUUGGGUUUUUUGAAGAAGGAACCAUUUAUAACAGAUCUAUAGCCACGUAUAAAUGGGUACCAAUCCUCUUUGCUCAACCACACAUAGGCAUAGAAACAGCUUUCUGAGUAAUUCACCAAUCUCCUUUAGAACUUGAGCAACUAGAAUUGAGGACUAGAUCUCGUUCCUGAGUUUCAAUACUAACAUUUUCAGUUUACUGUGUCUAAAGUUCUGUACAGAAUCUGAAGUCCUUAACAGGUGACAGGAUGUGCUCUCAGAUAUCAGUCACUGCCUGCUGUUUCAGUAAAAGGACCCCAGGGAAACAGAACAUUUCUCGACUGUGUGUCAUAAUGUGCUCUGAUCCUUCUUCUGUCGUUUCAUUGAGAACACUGAAAAGUUCUCUCAGAAUGAAGAUAUUCCUAGAAGAAAGGUGCUAUUGCGUGGAUGUAGUCUUAAGUCUCUAACACCUCAGAAUGAAUCACUUUCCUCUUCGGUCACCGCCCUCCACCCCCACCAAACUUAUCUUACUUGCAAAAUGGAGCCCAAGUUCUAUCCUGUGAGGCUUUCACAGCUCCGUAGUAUUCUCUGAGUAACCCUACAAUGCCUGGUGCUGAUCAGAAUGUCUAGACUUUUAAGAGCUUUCAAUUGUGGCUGAGCCUCUCUGUCAGUUAUCCCUUGUCUGCUCACUCAUCCAAUUCAUUCAUUCAGCAUGCAGUCAAUAAAUAUUUCUUGAGUGUCUGUUAUACACCAGACACGUGCUGAGAUAAGCAGGAAAAGUAGCAUGGAAGCUAUUUCACUCUACAUAUCUUGGUAAUAAUGUUAACGUUGGAAAGGCCGCUCUAAGACAGUCUUACAGAGUGGUGUAUUUUAAUCUAUUCAUCUGCAGGGUUGUAGAUUGUGAUAUUGGGCCAAGGAUAGCAGUAAUUACAAGUCAAGAUUUAAAUCAGAGAUUAUUUAAAAGAGGAAAGGGAAGGAGGAGACAGAAGCUAAAGCCUACUGUGUUCUAGGCAUUCUGCGGGCUCCUUUAUAUGUCUCCUUGCAUUCAAACCUCACAACUCUCUUGGGAGGUUCACAGGAUAACCCCCGUUUUGCAGAUGAAUUAAGUGAGGCUGAGAGAGGUUGAUAAUAAGCAUAGGAAACAAGUUCUCUGUCUGAGAAUUUGGAUUCUCUUACUGGUCUUCUUAGUUCAUUUCCUGAGGUGGACUAUUUAGAGAAGAUGAAAUAAAGCCAUAUUUAGUAUACCAGAGGAGGUAGGUUUGAAGAAUGUUCUCAGUGUUAAUAUUGAGAAAAAGUCCUGUCACCUCAGAAAAAUGUGAAGUCUACUUUUGUAUUCCUCUAAUUCAUUGAGUUCCUUAAUAUUUAUUUAUUCUAAUGAAAAGCAGUUACUACAACUAAUGAUACAUUUAAUCAACACGAUUUUUUUUCUGUAAUUGUGCCUGUUGAAUGUUAAUCAUAUUUAAAGGGAAUGACUUUGAAGUAAAUCCUUCUUUUUCUUGCUACUGAAAAAGAUGGAACCGUAUUGGGGGGUAAAGGGUUGAGGGGUGGGGAACACAUCUAGAGCUAACAGCAUAGUCUAAAAAUCAUCUUUUUCCAAAUUAUUUAAAUGACGCCACCUGAAAAGAGGAAAUGGUUUACACUGGAUCUUUCUCAUGUAGAACUAGAAAUCUUUUGGAAUAGAAGAUGUUUACAUGUCUGUUGGUGGUCAUCUCUCCUCUGUCUCAAAUACUGUAAUAUUGGAAGAGCGUAGUGUUUGGGCUAGUGGGUUUCUGCUAGCCCAUGGGGAUGCCCUGAAACUACUGAAUCUGUCUUUGUCUUUGAUGAUGUUCUAUGUUGUUUUCUUGGAAAUAAACUAAUAUAUUGUUUUCCACC